UCUGGAGCUGGAAAAGAAGGAGGCAGUUUAUUAAUAGAUAACGCCGAAUCUAAUUUUCUGGCGUCUUCUAAACUAACCGGACGCAGUGGCUACGCCAGAUUGCGUAUUGUGACCCCUUUCAACCCGGCGAUGUGUUAAAUCAAUGACGUGGAAAUGAAGAAACAAGUGAUUUUUGGACUGAUUCUGCUCAGCGUUUUGUUGUGCAUUUCAGGACAGGAUGAGAAGGACUACCAGGAGCCACCAACAAUACUCAUUGUACUACUAGUGCGCAACAAGGCUCACACACUGCCCAUGUUCUUGAGUUAUCUCGAACAGCAGAAUUAUCCUAAAAAGAGGAUUGCCUUUUGGUUGCGUUGUGAUCAUAGCAAUGAUGAUAGUGUAGAUCUCUUGCGGGCUUGGCUUAAACACGAAGGUGAUCACUAUCAUAGCGUUAGCUAUGUUUUUAAGCCGGAGGAGCAGAGUUAUGUCAACGAAAGUUCACCCUACGAGUGGCCCGCAUCGCGUUUCAAACACCUGAUCGCCCUGAAAGAGGAGGCCUUUCAGUAUGGCCGUGAUAUUUGGGCUGACUUUGUAUUUUUCCUUGACGCUGAUGUCAUGCUUACCUCGAAAGACUCACUAGACGUCCUUACCCGUCUCCAGUUGCCAAUUGUGGCUCCCAUGCUUAUUUCGGAAAGUUUGUACUCCAACUUCUGGUGUGGAAUGACGGAGGACUAUUAUUACAGGCGCACCGAUGAGUACAAAGAGAUCUACCAUGUAAAGAAACAAGGAAGUUUCCCAGUGCCUAUGGUCCAUACAGCUGUUUUGGUAAACAUGAAUCAUAAAGCAGUCAGAAAUCUCACUUUCGACAGAAGCAAACUAGUGGAAAUGCAAAGACGCAGGCAGCAAGAGCCGCUUUACGAUGGACCAGCGGAUGAUAUCAUUGUGUUUGCUAUAUCGGCCAACAGUUCAGGAGUUCCUCUGCACAUCUGUAAUGAUAUAACUUUUGGUUAUAUACUACAACCUUUGGAGCCUGGUGAUACCUUGGAACAGGAUCUCCAGCAGCUGGUGAACCUUAAGAGCAUUAUGGUUAAUGAUCUGGGUAAAGUACCUCCUCUACUGGAUUACUACAAGCAUUUGGAAAAGAAACCAGAGAAGAGCAAGCUCUCAUUGGAUAACAUAUUUAUGAUAAAUUUGAAAAGGCGCCCCGAGAGAAGGGAGAAAAUGGAGACGCUCUUCGAGGAGCUGGGAAUAGAUGCUGAAUAUUUUCCAGCUGUUGAUGGCAAGGAACUAACUACGGAACGGUUACAACAGAUGGGCGUUAAGUUUUUGCCCGGCUACGAAGAUCCCUAUCACCAUCGGGCCAUGACGAUGGGUGAAAUUGGCUGUUUUCUGAGCCACUACAGCAUCUGGGUGAUGAUGGUUCGCAAGGGAUUGAACGAGGUGCUCAUUCUGGAGGAUGAUGUACGCUUUGAACCGUAUUUCCCGCAGAAUGCUGUCAGGGUUUUAAAUCAGGCCAGAAGCGUUGUAGAGUACGAUCUCAUUUACUUUGGGCGCAAGCGUUUAAAGGAGGAAAGUGAAGCAGGAGUGAUGAAUGCGGAAAAUCUGGUACAUGCUGGCUAUUCCUACUGGACAUUGGGUUAUGUUAUAUCCCUAAAGGGAGCCUUAAAGCUGCUGGCAGCCAAGCCGCUGGAGAAACUCAUACCCGUAGAUGAGUUUCUGCCCUUGAUGUUCGAUCGUCAUCCAAACAAAACAUGGAGCGAAGCCUACCAUAAACGGAAUCUCGUAGCAUUUAGUGCCUCUCCACUUCUGCUUUACCCGUUUUACUACACAGGAGACUCUGGAUAUAUUUCGGACACCGAGGAUUCUCAACAGAUUAGUGUGGACACUAGUGAAGAAGGAGUAGCUCGGUUAAAAAGCGAUCGGGAGCAGGUUUUCCUCCAAGAGGAGGAAUUAUCUCUCAAUCAGCAGCUAAAACUUGGAGAGAGUUUGUCUAAAAGCCAUCAGGAGCUUUAAUUCUGGAAAAUUCCAAAAAAACACCAGGCCAAAUUUACAUAGACUAAGUUAAAGUAAUCUUGCCAAAUGCCAAAUGUGCCUUCAACCCAUAAUCCACCAAACUAAAAACUAUCAACAACGAAUGUUAAACUAGAAUUAAGCUUUGUUUAUACGGCUGAAUAUUUCGUGCAAUUUGUUGGGAAUGUUCCUAAAUGUUAAAUCUUCCAUUUUUACAGUCCCCUGUAAAGUGAUAACUUACAUUUUUUGGUUUUUAAUCUAUUUGUUUAGUUGAGUUGAUAAGAAAUAAUUGUAAAUUGUUUGAAAAGCAAUAUAAGAAGCUGCCUGAAUCAAAAUAUAUCAUAGAACUAUGGAUCAAUCAAACAAUUGCACAAGUUGUUGGCCAAAACUAAACUUUAGACUAACAUCUCAGAAGCAUGCCAUUGACUCUAGCCAAUAUGUAAGUAGUUUUUAAAACUCUGAUAUAAACUUUCACUUUAUUCCACUAACAAGAGAUGUGAAAAACUUUAAA